CGGAGAAAGCCGAGCUCUCCCGAUUGCCUGACCUUCCGUGAUCAAAAAUGGCGGCCGCCUUACUCGAUAAACAAGACAAUGUAAUUCUUUAGAUGUUCUCGUAGAUUGGAUGCACUUGGAGAUUCUGUCAGCUGUGAUAGAGAACGCUGACACCAAGCCAAACAAGGACCUUUGACCAAGUAGUAAGUAAAGGAAGAGGUGGAGCUUGCAGACCUGGGUGUCAGCACAACAGGGUCCAUUUGCUUUUCCAAUGCUUAUGUAACAGGGAGGCAGCAUGUAUCACUACCAUGGCAACGCAACAACCCACGCAAGAGAAUGCCAGUGGUGGCGUGGCUGUUGCCAGCCGCAGAAGUGCCAGACAGUCUCUCCGGACUAAAAAAUAUCAAAAUAAGUUUGAUCCAUCAGACUUUAAACCCCGAGGGGCAAAACCAACAGCCAGUGCUAACAGUACAUCAAACUGUGAUGCAGGGCCUCAGGGGAAUAAGCCCAGUGAAGCUUCAGGGCCAAAACAAACAGGCCCUGAAAAACCUAGCACUAAUGGCAAUGGCAAAGCACUGAAUCACACUUCAGGAGCUGUGGGUGUUGAGGAGGCUGAGACCUCAACACCCACAAGGGUAAAGAGAUCAGUCCGCGAGCCUCACAUGUCAUCUUCACUUCGACAUUUCAACAUGAAGCCACGGCGACGAAUGAACAAGCGAGCAAGAAGUGUUGCAGCUCAGAUUGAACAGACAAAAGAAGGAUGUGUGGACUUAUCACCCAACUCCAUCUUAACUAAAAUAAAUUUAAAGAAUCUUCUAAAUCAUAAGACAUUUGGUUUGCUGCCACCUGAGUACCAGUACAAAUUGAUUCAGCUUCUUCCAGCCUGUGACCAGAUUGACAGUGGACUGAGAAUUAGCGGGACUGCUUUGAACAAUGAAUUUUUUCGCAAAGCUUGCCAGGAGUGGAAAGAAAGACUGACAGAGGGAGAGUUCACUCCAGAGGCACAGCAGCGCCUGAAGGCUGAAGAAGAAAAAGAACAAAGCAAGAUUGACCCUUGGAAAGCCAAGCACUUUGAACCUGUAUGGGGACAAAGGGUGCUGUCUGAUGUUCCCAAGGCUACUGGCCCAUCGCCUGCAAAACAGUCCAACACCUUGCCCGCCACCUCCCCUCCUGCCAUCAAGGUGAAGGUCAAGCCAGCGCAGGCUGGACGUAAAAGCCUUGUGUCCAGCUUGUUGCGACAGCGGCGAGCGGCAUGGUCUACUGCUGCAGAAUCAGGAACGUCCAUCCCAUCUGCCACUCAGAAGCCUCUGUCAGCAACAUCUUCAUCACCUGUUACAUCACAGGUUGGCUUACUAACCACAGUAUCUCAGAACUCCUCAGUUCCUCGCCAGACUACCAAACCUGCAACCACUGCCAUAGCAACAGUCACCACAAGUUCUCACUUGCCUCCUACAGGCAUUGUCAUCUACCGGACACCAGAUGGCAAUAUGAGAUCAAGGAGCACCGACUCACGUCCAGAUGCUGCUGGUAGUCCUUCACCUGCCAAGAGACCAAGGGUCGUUUCCACACCUUCUGCUCAGACUCAAGCAGCUGCACGCACCUUGGCGCACAUCCGUGCACAGACACAGGCUGCAAGACAUCAGAGUCGUGCCCCUACAGCUACAAUAACACAAGCCUGUAGCAUUGUUCCAGUUACUUCGGUGAUUGCAGAGCCAACAGACACAUCACCCCCAGGUACCCCUGUAUCAGGAGUUUCAAGUCCUCCCCACCAUCUCACUGUGAAUGUCAGGUCACAGGGGCAGACUCGAACGCUAGCUACCAUCAAAGCCCAGACGCAGGCUGCACGAGUCCAGACACCAACUGCAUCUACACCGCCAACACCUACAUCUCCUUCCCACAAUCCAUCUCUGUCCUUGCCAGCUAUGCGCAGUUUGUUGACAAGCAACUUGCCUCUUAAGAUGCACGUUCAGACACGUACUUUGGCCAACAUCAAGGCACAAGCACAGGCUCGUGUGCAGAAUUCUGCUGCAUCCCAGUUGCAACCAUCAUCCACACCAAUUGCAAGUGAUGCACAAGUAACCAGCUGUCAGACAACCAAACAUCUUCCCAAUAUUGUAAGACCCAAAGUCACUCCAAAAGUUUUGGUGGUGACAACAACCUCAAGUACAGGGUCAAAAUCAGAGACGGAUGGUGUAAACCUGGCACGGUCCCAGCAAAUUUGCCAGGCUGAAUUUGAGAAGAGUCGGGUGGGUAAAACAGCUACAUCAAAUGCAGCAGAUAGCAUGGGUGUCAGUGCCACCAAUUCUGUGAGCGGGCUGUCAGCACCUUCGCCUCCUGCUCAACGCAGUGCUUCCAAAAUCCUUUUCCCCCAGUCCCCUCGUGCCUCAGCAUCUCCAGUUGCCUUGGAUACAGGAGUAACUAAGGUUACUAGUGAUGCACCACUGCACACGUUUGUACAGCCUGCAUCUCCUGCACUGAAUGCAGGCCAUUCAGGAACUCCAGCCAAAAUCAUUACUGUUAGUCAUGGGCCCUCUCCGAAGAUGGUUACUGUACCUAACUCUCCAGGCAGUACUGUCAGUGCCAUUAGUCCAGCACUAGAACCUGUUGGAAGCAAGAUCAUUCUGGUGACAUCCAGUGCCAGUGCACUCAAUUCUCAGUCUGUGCAGGGAGGCAGGGUGCUGCUAAUGAGUACACCUCGUGGAACCAUGGUGGCUCCAAACAGUUUAGGAGGAUCCGCUCAAAACUUGCAUCAUGUUGCAUCAGUGUCGUCAUGUGCUGGGAGCAAUGGCAGCACUGGCAGCAACACUGUUCUGGCCAUGGUGCGCAACUCCGGACAGCGCAGUGUGCGGCAUAUCCUCACACAGGAGGCCUUACAAGCAUUUCUGAAUGCACCACCAAGAGCGGCCAGUGCUCCUCCCAACAAUUCUACUGACCAUAAAGCUAGCCAUGCAGAUGGCCACACGGUGUUAGUACGUUCAGCUAGUGCCGGCGUGGCUGUGUCUUCACCCUGUCCCUCUCCGCUUCAGGGUGUGCAGAUUAUUGUCAGCAGUGCAAACCUUGCCAAUGGUCCUACAAAUUCUCUUAGUACCAACAUGAGCACAAGUCCUGCAGCAAAUGCCAGUGGCACUGAAGAGACAAGUAAUUUUUUAUCGAGCGCUGGCACUGCUACUCGAGCCGGUCCUAGCCCCAUUCCUCGCAUCAUUGUGGCUCUUCCCCCUGGGGCAGCUUUGUCUGGACCGAACUCUUUGGCUUUCACUACAGCUGGGAUGAUCACAAGACCUCACUCACAUAGCCAAUCUUUGGCAACUCCUGUGGUACUUCAAACUAGUGAGCUUAACACCCAGUCUGUAGGCACACCACCUGCUGGUCAGCAAGGCCAACAGAGUAGCAGUGCCAGUGUCACAUCCGCUGCACUGUCUCCCAAUGGCAACGGAAAUGCAGUGAGCAGUGUUGCCACUAGCAUGGCGGGACUUAUAGCUGCAAGUGUUGCCAGUAGUUUGCCAGGAAUCCAUGUACUGACAGGGGGUGGGGGCCAGUCUCAUACGGUCCUCCCAGCACAGGUGGGGGGAGGGGUUGGCUUAAAUUCAGGUUUGAUAGGGGUGGGUUCAGUGGGAGGUCAAGAGGUUGGGCAGUCCUGUGCAUGCAAUCACAAAGCAAUGGUCAUGUGUAAGAAAUGUGGAGCAUUUUGUCACAACGACUGCAUUGGGCCAUCCAAACUGUGUGUUACAUGUCUCAUCACCACAGUAACAUGAGCAGUCUUCAGUUCUUAAAAUGUGGCUUUGAUUUGUUUUUAGAUUAUUUUUUUUUUUUUUGAGUACUUUCCUAGUUUUGAUUUUUGGUCAUUAUCCCAAGUGGUUGUUGAAUGAAAGGAGUCCUGCAUAUACCUAAAAGUGGCUCGCGUGUACUUCUGGCUGUCAGUUUAAAGCUUGCUGAUUUCCGUCUAUUAUUUAGCAUCAGAAAUUCAGAUGGUCUUCUACUGUUGUGAAUUAUAUUUACCUUCAACCUGUAUCAACCCAAAGUCAAAACAUUCAUCAACAUGCAAAGAAGCCAUCAUGCAAACAGUAGUCCAUGUUUGAGUGUUCUGAAGCUUUUAAUACAUGUCACCUAAAGGAUGCCAAACAUGGUUAGGGGUACCCAAGGCUAGAUAGUAGUGAGUAAGAGGCUACUUUGUGUUUCAUACGAAAUAUGUUUUUUGACAAAUAGAUAAAAUUCAUACCACGUUAAUUAGACAUCAGCAAAUGGCUUGAUGAAGAAAGUGGAAAAACUGAUCAAAUCACCAGUGUUAUAGUAGUGUUAACAUUUUCUUAAAAAUUGUUUUUGGACAAAGUUAGAAAAAUUUUGCAUGUUAGCUAAGUUUAAUAGAUUUUUUUUCUUGCGAGAUGAAAUUAAUAUAACAGAGAAGCUCGCCCACACAAUUUUUCCAUAUUUUACCUGGAAAAUAUGAAGCUGAGAUUUUUGAACGUUUUAUUAUGAUGUUUUUAGUCACAGCAAUUUUGUUGUUCAAUCAUGCUACCCAAGAGAGUUGCCAAGAGACUCAUUACCUCUGGCACUAAAAAUCUAAAGCAGACCUUUUUAAAACAUUCCUAACUGAUACUGAAACCAGCAAAAAAAAAAAAAAAGGUGGUGGGACAACUUUGCAUUUUGCGUGUGGUGCAUACUACAUCUGACUUCCAGUCACUGAGAAGGGCAAAGGCAUAAUUGCAAUGCAUUUUUGUAUAUUAUAUGAGAAAAUCUCAAAGUAUAGAGAAUACAAGAAAAUUCAUGGGAAAUUACUGGAAUUUCAUUCUUAAUCUCCUAGACUUCGAUUUUCAUACAAAAUACAGAUUUUGGACUCAGAAUACAGAAAAUGGUGCCCUGGGGGAUAGAUUGCUUUUGUAAAGCAUGUCUGGAUACAAGUUUUGAAUUUUUUUUUUCGGUACCUAGAAUAAUGUUUAUCUUUUUUUUUUUUUUUGUUUUUUUUUUUUUUUUUUUUUUUAGCGAAUACUAGUUAUGGAAGAAUGUAAUUGCUAAAGCAUUAAUGGUUGUCAAAAUACAUUUUUAUCACGAUGAUCAAUACAUUCUUAAACAUUGUCCAUUCUUCAUUAUAACAAACUGCAAUAGCAAGUCAUUGUGAAUGUCGCAAUCACUUGUAGUGUGUGAUCUGUAUAUAAGUGUACAUUAUCAGUGUCUGAAGCAAAAGCCUUGUGUGUGCAGUUUUAGAAGAAAAAAGACUUCUGUGUGUUCGCUUUUAUGGAUAAGAGGAUAAUGGAAAAUCUGAUUAUACAUUUAUGAAAGGUGCCACAAUACAAGCAAGAAACAUUCUCCUUAGUGUUGUGUUGGUGUGGAUGUGUAUGUGUGUGCACGCAGGCAGAUAUGUAUGUAUGCAGGCUAGAGAAGAGAAGUUGACUCAACAUUCUAUUGUCAUAUCCUUAGUAACAGUUAUGUAAGAAGCGCUUCAUUCUUGUGUUUGCUUUGUUUGCCAUUGUCUGCAGCUUAUCUGUGGACAGAUUUGCAUGAAAUAUUCAGUGUCUGAUCUCCACAGUCUUAAGCUGUGUUUUCUUACCUCAGUAAACGCCUGAAGCAGUGAGUUGCUGCUGCCCAGAAGCACAGAUACAUACUAAGUGUACAGUUGUACAUAUCGAAAUGCAGACAUUGUACAGAUUGCGAUACACCAAGAAGUGAAACCAAACCUCAUCAUAGUGGUCAGACAUGGAAUGUGUGUAUGUGUUGAAUAUUGAGAAUUUAAUGUCGCUUUUUUUUUGUGUGUAGCUUCUUUUUGGAAAAUUCACAACAGAUGAAGAGAGCAAAUUCAAGUCUGCUGAUCAGGAGAAAUCUGUAUAAAAAGACUGGUAUGAAUUGAUGUUUGUGUGUGAUGCCUUGGUUCUUGUCAUCAUUAUAUUUUCUCUAUACUUUUCUCUCAUUUCUCUGUCAUCCUCUGUCCCUUUCCCCAUUUUAAACCUUGAUUGCUCCCUCUUUGUAAUCGUUGGAAACAGAACUUUCAUUUUUAUGACUGAUGCAGAAAAGUUCAUAAAGAGAACUUAAAAAGUUAAAGAAUUAUGAUUGCGGGAUUUUACAUGAUUUUGGUGAUGUAGCCUAUGCAAUCUGUACCAAAAUGCUUUUUGUUUUUAGGUCUUCAGUUAAUACUCCCAUCCAUUUUAAUAUUGGCUGUGGUGUUAUUUGAGUGCAUUUUAUUGUGACAGUUGAGUGUACAGCUGCUGUAGCGGACAACCUGUAGAUAGGUAACCUCUUUUGUCCUCUGUAUUUUUAGACAAUUCAACUGUGUUAAAAUUCUGCUUCUGCAGCAAUAUGGAUAGAUGACGUGAGAGAUUCUGCAAUCUUAUGUUUAAAGGUAAACCCAGGUGCUAAAUUGACAGUACGACAUUCUUCUAACCUGUCAGCAAUUUAAUUUCAAUUUAAUUUGACUCUGGUAAGCCUUUAAAAUGUCUUGGACUUUUUAUGUUCUUUGUGAAUGGAUCAUGACAAAGUCUUGCUGGUAAUCCUAUGAGCUGCAGAGUUUUGCAGAGAUCUGCAUUUAUCAUUUAGUUGACCAGGUGUAUGCAUUUUGGCCUGCUGGUGGGUUAUUUGAUACCCAUAAUAAAACUGCAAAAUUUUGGGUAAUGAUUAGAGUGAGGUGACAUAAAAUUUAUUGCCUUUUGAGGAAAUUCACCUCAGACAUGCAUUGUGGAAUCCCUUUGACAACUCCGUUCCCACACUUGUUGGCAGAUGCAAUAUUUUCCUGUUAGUGAACUCUAUGCAUUGGAGUGUGUCAUUAGAAUGUUUCUUAAUUUGUGAGAUUUUAUUAAUAUGCACCCAGCUGCUUGUCAAGAACAAAUGUGUAUUUUUGUGAGCAAGAAAAAAAUUUUUUUAAGAUUUCUGUCACUGGGUGGAGAUGAAGUGAGCUGCUAGCUUCUGUAGUGUAAGUGAAAAGUUUUCAUCUUAUUCGAUAUCCUUACUAUGCCUUUAAAGCAUAUAAUUCUGUUGAAAUUCAGUAUUUUAAAAGUUGAAAUCUCAGAUUCAGCCCUUACUAUAAUAGUUCAGUGCUAUAUAACUUUCAAUAAUAAAAUAAUUGAUCUUGACAGUAGCGAAGCUUUUCCUUUUACUUUCAAUGCUAGCAAAUAAUGAUGUAUAAGUUUACAAAUCCAUUAUUUAGAAUAAAAGGCUUUCAUGAAUGUGUGUGGGUGUGUAAAUUACAUCUCUGGUAUGCGAUUUUUGAUCUGCAUUCAGUCAAUAGCAACGAAAACAGUUUUCCUGUCCCAUAAAGAGAAUAAUAGAGAUUACUAUUUCCAUUUAUCAUGGAGGUGCACGUUUCUGUUACCUAAAUGCUUUCUUAGCUAUGGAUCUUUUUCUCUCAUGGCACUAUGUUGGGGUUUGUUUUUUUUUUUUUUCUUUCUGCAAAAUUUCUGUUUGAGAACAUUUGGAGCAUGUGUUGUCUAAGGUUAAUAGUACCAUGUGCUACCUUCAGGCAAAUGCAAUAAAUCAGAUGUUGCUUGUCAUGCAUCAGUCAGUAUGGUACUAUUGUAAAUACCAGUUUGUGCCCUAACAUUUGCCCUAAGUGCAGAAGAAAUCAUGUAUAAAGGUCAGGUUGCAUGAAUGGUUCAGUUGUUUUCACCAGCCAUUUAGUCGUCAUGUACUGUUUUUGACUAGGUGUUUUGGUCAAACAAAAAGAAUUAGGCAGUCUCAGUUUUAUAUCCCCCUUCUCCCUGACGUAGGUCUAGGUCUGGUUUCAGUAUGAACUUGAAUGGCUAUGACCCUUGCAUUGAUACUUGUCUUUCCUCUGCGUUUUUUAUGGUUUACUGUGCUUUAGUAUAGCAUACCUUAGACUGCACCAUGUUGUUUUUUCCUGCAGUGUUGCAUGCACAUCCCAAAUCAUGCCUAGUCUUUGUCAGACAUUUAAUUGUAGAACAACACACAGUUGUAUCAAAAGUUGUUGAGGUGUGCAGUUUUCAUAACAAAAGAUUUCAAGUAAUGAUAUGUACAGAGAUUCCAAGAUAUGCAUAACAUUAUUGAUAAAAACGGUAUGUAUUCUCUUUUAUCUCCUACUCUAUCCUCUCCCUAUCCUGGUCCCUAGUCUCAUUCUUGCUCUCACUUCCAUCCCCAAUUUUGUCUGCUUUAUUUACUGAAUUAUUUCCCUUCUUUCUUUUCUGUCAAGAUGCCUCUUCCUGUGUCACUCUGUCUGCUUGACUUUCACUCUUUACCUGUCAUCUUUUCUGGCAUUAUUUAUGUUGUUUGAGUGGGGUUUUUGUAUAUAGCAGAAGUUAUGUAAAUCAUUGUCACAAAUUAUUUUGGUCAUGAGAGAUGUAUUUUUUAAGAUUCAACUAGGAUGCUGUUUGGUCAGUCGCAAUAUGACAAGUGAGUAAUUUUUUAGGUUUUUUUUUCUUCUCUCUCUCUCUUAUGCCGCUCAACUUCUCUGGGCCAUUCUUCGUGUUUUAAUCAUUCUUUUCUUCAUUAAUUAUCGGAGUGGUGAUCUGUUGAUGGGAGUUGAGUGAAAAUAAAGCUAAUCUGAGGUAUA